ACAGUGAACAGUGUGACCUAGCCGCGCGCCACCCGCCCGCUCCCUCCUCCUGACUACCCGACCGCGGUGCGCCCGCACGCCGCCGCGCCGCCCCUCACCCGGCCGUGCCUCGACAUUCUACUACCGCACUUCCUGCCCUGUUCCCCAAACUACCGCCCUCUGCUGCAGUUAUUUUUUUCUUUCCCCGGCGUUCGCUCGAUUGCUGCGUGAAAUUGAGAGAUGAGGAAGCUCAAGUUCCACGAGCAGAAGCUCCUCAAGAAGACCAAUUUCUUGGAGUACAAGAGGGAGCGCGGCCAUCGCGAGGCGCUCGUCACACAGCGCUACGGCCUCGUCGAGAGGGACGACUACAAGAAGUACAACGGGAUAUGCUUAAUGGUGCAGAAGCUCGUUAACAUCAUAAAGCAGAUGGACCCGAGAGACCCUUUCAGAAUCGAGAUGACAGAUAUGCUUCUCGAUAAGCUGUAUAAUAUGGGUGUAAUUUCAACAAAAGAGAGCUUGAUAAAGUGUGAGAAACUUUCAGUGAGCGCCUUCUGCAGGCGGAGACUUGCAACAGUUAUGGUGAAGCUCAAGUUUGCAGAGCACCUUAAGGAGGCUGUGACAUACAUCGAACAGGGGCAUGUGCGUGUCGGUCCAGAGACAGUCACGGAUCCAGCCUUUCUUGUGACCAGAAACAUGGAGGACUUCAUCACCUGGGUGGAUUCCUCAAAGAUCAAGAGGAAGGUCAUGGAGUACAAUGAUGCAUUGGAUGAUUUUGAUGCCAUGUUCUGAGAAAAAUCAUUCUGCAGAAAUCUCUGUGCCCAUCAGUGUAAUCUUAGGCCAGUCACAUGUGGCUUUUUCUGAACAAAAUCUGUGGCAGUUGUUUUCUGCAGGGCUACAUGCAUUUGCGUUACAGAUGUGAUGCAAUUUUGUGGUUUGGUUGAAGGCACAUUAUAAUUUAUAUCUGAUGUAGUUGUGCAAUUGUCUUUGUUAUGAUA